AUAAGAUUAUCCGCCCAUUCUUUUAUAUUUGUGUUUCGCUGUCGCGGUUGCCGGCGAUCUCGCUGUUCCGACACCGAAGCCGGUGAAUGUGAGCCUGGUGACGGCCGCCGUCCGCCGCCAUGGCGAAUUACCUCGCCCAAUUCCAGGCCAUCAAGAACACCUCCGAUCGCCUCGUCGUGGCAGUUGAAGAUGUGAGUGACUUGUGGCCUAGCGUAAAAGAAGGUUUAGAAAAACGCUUGCCUUUGAAGAAGGCCAGUUUAAAUAACAAGACAAGGAAUCCUGUCUAUGUGGAGAAUCUUCAGGCUGAGUUCAUAUUAACCACUGAUUCAAGGUUGCGUAGCCGUUUUCCCCAAGAACAGUACCUCUUUUGGUUUCGAGAACCAUAUGCAACCAUCGUUCUAGUUAGCUGUGAGGACCUUGAUGAAUUCAAGACGAUCCUAAAGCCUAGGUUGAAGUUAAUUGUGCAAAAUGAGGAACGCGAAUGGUUUAUUGUCUUUGUAUCAAAAGCACACCCCAAUAAUGACCAAGCAACUAAAAAUGCAAAGAAGGUUUAUGCAAGACUGGAGGUUGAUUUUAACACCAGAAAAAGAGAAAGGUGCUGCAAAUUGGACUUAAAUGGAGUAGAUGCAAGCUUCUGGGAGGACUUUGAUUUCAAGAUAGUGGAAUCUAUCAGAAAUACAUUAGACAGACGUGUCCAGUUUUAUGAAGAGGAAAUAAGGAAAAUGAGUGAACAACGUCUAAUGCCAGUCUGGAACUUCUGUAAUUUCUUUAUUUUGAAGGAGAGCUUGGCUUUCAUGUUUGAGAUGGCACAUCUCCAUGAAGAUUCAUUACGUGAAUACGAUGAGCUUGAACUUUGCUAUAUAGAAACAGUUAGUACUCCUGGAAAACAAAGGGAUUUUGGAGGAUUGGAACAUGGUGAUGAUCAGGCUGCAUUAUUGAAGCCUGGAUUCAAACCUUUAUCUCAAAUUGUCCAGGAUGAUUCAUUCAGAGAAUUUGAGUUCAGACAAUAUUUAUUUGCACGCCAAGUGAAGAGAUUAUUUUCAAACUGUCCACUGAUGAUUGACCGAGAAGAACUGAAGAAAGAUUCCAUUUUUGCAUCUUGUCUAUUAGAGGGUCAAGUGAUCGAGACAGCCGACACAACAAACAUAUUGAUAAGAGCUCUCCAAAUCAAUAAUCUAAAGAAUGUAACUAUCAAAUCUUCAACAGAUGGCUGCAUUAGUAAAAGAUCCUUUCAAACUUCAGAAGGGAGGGUCUCUCCAAAAAAGAUGAAGAAUACUUCCGUGUCUACUACUAGUCAUCAAGGGAGUUCAAGUACUGAAUUUUCUGAGAGAACUCUUCAGACGAUGACUGUAGAAAGAUUGCGUACACUUCUGAAAGACAGAGGGUUCUCACCCAAAGGGAGAAAGGACGAGUUGAUUGCACGGCUGAAAGGUUCCGACGAACCAUAGUGGAGGCUGUGAACAAAUUACUAAAAUAGUUUAGGUAAUUGUGGAUUCAGCUCUGUAAUCGGUAAUCUGUAGUAAUAUUAGUGUGAAUAGUCGCAAUCCGUCAGGAUACUUAGUGUGGAAAUAGAUGAAUUUUCUUGCAACUCUAGUGAACUAAUGUGUUAUGGCAAUCUAGUUCGCUCGCUAUGUUGUCUUUUUA